AUGAUGCGAAAGCUUCGCAGUUGUUCGAGAACCUGGUACGAACCACCACCGCAUACUAGCAGUUGCAGUAGAAUCAACAGCGAAGUCGCCACUGCCCACCUCGCAAGCACAUCUCACCACUACGACGAAAGUGAAGUGUACCACGAAGCCACUCCUGUAGUCGUAAAGCUACGCGAUCCUGGCAACAACCGGAACAGCAACGGUAGCGAUGCAAACAGGAUACUGAAUCGUCUGUCGACCUCGUCCUCUCUAUCGAUUAUAACGCCACCUACAACACCGAAACGUCCCGCAGCGGUACGACUCAAAAUGUCACUCAGUCUAUCGUUGGCGCACAACUUCAACCAAAAACUGGCCAACUUGAACGAUAAAUGGAACGAUUUUAGCUUCAUGCUGAAGCACAACCCGGUCAAAGCUCUUCCAGCGAGAAACGAUUCCUACCAUUCGAUUGAGUCGGCCGUGACCUGCACGGCUGCCGACUUGGAGGCGGCCAAUUUGAGUGGAGGGGCCUGCGGGUUCGACGAAAGAGAGUACGAUCGGAGGAAACUACAACAGGGUGGCAUCAGUGGGUUAGCAGCGAGCAACAGCGGUAAGUCCAACCAGCAAAAAUCUUUCGAGCGCCGUCACAGACAACGGUUGUCGCCUCGGCGCAACAGUGCCGGUGGCGACCCAAAGGAGUUCGACGUGCUGGUCAUGAAACCCAUGGACAGCUGGGAUGACAAUGAAAGUUUUUAGUAAAAUGGCUUCCAUAGGUUGUUGGAUUUUCAUUAUUUCUCGUACAACGGUACGUUUGCGCCAAAGCUUGCUUCUGCUGAACUUUGUCGAACAGGCACAAAUGCUAUCAUAGAUUACUUAUGACAACCUCAGAGGAAACGAUACACACAAAAAUCAACGCGUCAAAAACAAAUGUAUUUUUCGUUGCGAAACCGGUUUUCUUUCUACACUUAAUCGAAGGUAUGAACACAUCCGCCUAAGUUAAAGCAUUUAAAGAAACGCAUCCAUCACAAACUGAUAUUAUCACUAAGGAACUUUAAGAACUAGAUUCAAAGUAAUCAACGCAUGUACAUACAAUAAUAAUUAUAGCAACCUAAUUAAAUAUAAAAGUACUAGGGAUUUUUGCAUUAUAGCAAAUGGUGAGGCGAAACGAAGAAAGCAGCAUUUUUGCUACAUAGUAUUACGAAACGAAAAAAAAAUUCUCAAAUCAAUAGUAGGCCAUGAAGCGCAAACCUAUAAACUAGGGCAGUGUGUACAUAGAGGGCGAGGCCAAUGACUCGUUUUUUUCCCUGUUUUCCUAUAGUUCUAAGUUCAAGCAGGGGAAAUCUUUCCUUUCAUCGAUCACAUUAAAUUUAAAGAGACAGAAAAAGCUCUAGAUUUUAAGAAAACAGAACGGCGGGCGACGUAAACUCGCCGGUUUUUUAUCCCAACGUUAAUUUCGAAUCCACCUCCUUUAAUGCCAAAUCACGAAUCGCGAACGUCGUCGUUUAGCAGACAAAAAGCUAUAGUAAACGAGCCGACUGCAUACAGACCCGGACGAUUGUGGCGAUUACGAUUUUCCGUUUAGAAAAGUGAAACGCUUUCGUCCCAACAAGGAGACUAGAAUGCAAUAUUAUGCAAAGUACUGAGUAGAGUACGGAGUUAGUGGUUUAAUUGUUUUAGCUUGUCGCAAUUCCCAGGAUAUUUUAAGGUGAUCUGAGCGAUAGUUAAUUUUGUUUGUUAUAUAAGUGAAAAAUGUGCUUUUUGUUGUUAUUAUUUUGCGUGCGUACGAGAAUCCUUCGCUCUCGAUGGGGAAUGCUUAUUUUUUGGUGUAUAAUCUCUCGUUAGGAUUCUUUUGUUAUUCCCCAACAAAAAUAUAGUUUAUUUCGAUCAUAUUUAGUUGCAAUUAUUUAAGGUGAUUUCAGAAAAGCAAUGCAUUUAAAAGCUCUCACGGUUUUGAACUGGUUUUUAGUUUUUUGCUCUUAUUUUACUAUGAUCGACAGU